GAGAACAGAAUUUACAUUUUUUGGGAGUUUACCGUGUCGCUGCUCAUCUUGAUCAGUGCAUAUUUCGUGCCCUUCGACGUCUUCAUACUCCAGGAGCCAGAGCCUACCGAGGCAUACUUCAUCAAUCGGGGCUUCGACUGUAUUUUUCUAGCCGACAUGGUCUUGACUUUUUUCACGGCCUACGAGAAG